CGUUGCGCGGUGGUGUUGGGGGCGAAGGGAGUGGCGGCGUGAAUGUUGACAGUGAAGAUGCAGAGGUGGGUGGCAUCAAUGGUGGUGGGGGACUAUGUGACAUGAUAACGGGUGGUAAUCGAUUAGAUUGCGUUAGUAGUAGUGGUGUGGGUCAGAAAUAUAUGCGCGCCGGAUUGGUUAGCACAAUGCCCAAGAAGCAGCAGCAGCAGUUGUUGCAGCAACAACAACAACAUCUAAAUCUCGCCGGCACAACGUCAGCAACAACGAAACCCAAGUACAGUUUAACGCUGUUAAAUGUGAAAAGUGGUGGUAUGGGUGGCCAGCAUCAUCAUCACAAUAACAAUAAUAGCAGCAACAUUAAUAACAGCAACAAUCAUAACAACAACAUCAACAUGGGUGGUAACUGUCAGUUGCAUCCUCACCGCAAAUCGCCACAUCCGCAUCUGCAGCCACAAUACGCAUACUACCAACAACAGCAGCAGCAGCAGCAGCAGCAGCAACAGCAACAACAACAACCGCAACACAAACGCGAACAGCAAAGGCAACAAUUGUCACAAUCAUACUAUCAUCCGCCGCCACCGCCACGUCAUCAGUUACGUGUUUUGCGGCUAUCGUCAGCACCCACCGGCGCGCCAGAAGCCACAACAACAGCAAGUGGUACAACAACACGUCGCGAUGGCGGGGAUAGAAGUAGUGGUGAAUUUGCGCAACGUAAUUCCACACAAAUCGAGCAAUCGCUUAGGUUGACACCGACUACGCCAACAGCAGCAGCAGCAGCAGUAACAGGAGCAACAACAACAACAACAAAUACAAUAGAAAACCAUUUAGUUGGCACUACAAAUACAGUGGAGUGCGACGAUAAUAGCAGUGACAACUCAGCAACAGCAACACCAACACCGGCUGGCGUGGCAACAACAACAACAGCACCAAGAGCAACGACGCCCAUAGCGGAGGCACCGACCGCAGGAGCAACGUCAAAUGUUUUACGAGCAACGCAACAACAACAACAACUACAACAACAAAAAGCAAAUAGGCUGUGGUAUCAUUGAUGAAAACCCAAUGGAUUUGAGCGCUUAUCUCUCUUUCUACGCAAAGAUAGCAGAUUGAAAGGAAUAUGCCAGUGAAAUCUAUACUCAGUAGUACAUACACACCCACGUAGAAAUUUCAUAUGCAGCAAUAACACAAGCAGCAGAAAGCAAUGCACUAAAAUCACCGAAAUAGUAGCAGCAAAAAGAAGCGAAUUUUACAGCAAACAAAAAAAAGCACUAACACAUGUAAGUUUUAAGCCGAAAUCGACAGAAAACCAAAACGAAAGAAACAAAGUAUAGAAAGCAACACCGAACUGAAACAACAACACAAAGUGAUUACAUACGUACAUAUGUAUGUACAGUUAGCAAUAAGGCAAGAUAAAAUGGAAGAAAAUGCAUGCAAAAUGGAGGACAAAAAAGUUAGUAGUGAACAAACGCCUAUUGUAAAAAUCUAAGCAGAAAUAGCUCAAUUUGAAUUGAAGAGAAAUCUACCAAAAUCGCAAGUAAGAAAUGUAGCAGGUAUACGAAUGUAUGUAUGUAAGAAUGUAUAGAUGCGCUAAAGUGAAUUAAAACUGAAAUGCCAACGAAAUUGAAAAAUUAAGCAUAGAAACUAGCGAGCAAAGCAACUAAGGAAUGCACUAAGCAAAAUUGCAAAAAGAACAACAACAAAAACGUACAUACAUAUAAACAUACUAGUGCAUGCAUGUAAACGUACGAAAAAAUGUACUUGUAAAUAUUUAGUAGCAAACAGAGUCGAAAAUGAAAAAACAGAAAAAAAAAUACGAAUAAAAAUUCAGAGCAAAAAUUUUUGCAACAACAACGUUAGCAAGACUUAGAACGACGACUCGCUUUUUGGUUGCACACUUUUGUUACAACAACAAUUUUUUUAGCUAAAUUUUAAAGAGCAUAAGAUACUACCGAAUUUAAGAGCAUUAGACGAGUAAAAUGUUAAGGAUAUAAAUGAGAAAUGAGAAAGCAAAAGCAAAAUAACAAAAAAAUAAAAAAAAUUAUAAAUAAAAAAUAAUUGAAAUUCAGUAAUUGAUAAAAAAAAAGUGAUUUAGCGCACUCAAACACUAUUACAGGUAAGAUUUUAGAUAAUACUAUACACCGAACGACAUACAUAUAUACGUAUAUACAUACACUAUUGAGAAAAAUAAAUGGAAAAAUAAACGCAAAAAUGUUGAAAAUCUAAUAUUAAAACUGAAAUGAAAUAAAAUCGAAAGUUUGAAAGUGAAAAUUAAUAUUAUAAAAAAAAACUACAAAAAAACCGAAAUAAAUUUCCCAAUAAAUAUGUAUCUACACAGCGACUUUUGCAAUAAACAACAACAACAAACCAGUUAUAAAGCAACAAAUAUUGAAAUUGUACGACUUAUGAAAUAUAUUAGGAGCUAGAAACGAACGCACGUACGUAUAUACACAUAUACCUGCACAUACAUACAUACAUGCAUGCAUGCAUAUUUAUGUGGCAGCAACUGGCGCGGGCAAUGAGGAGAAUGGAGCGUCAGCUUCACCCAAAAAUAUUGCAAAUUUUUGACCCAUACAAAUUCCCUCUGAAACCUUUUUAAUUUGUAUAUUUGCAAGCUGCUUUUAUGAUACUCGUAUAUGUGCAUGUAUGUAUGUGCUGCCACUACACUACUUACCUACACACUGCUGCUAGUAUUCGUAGUUGUGUGCACUGUAAAUUUCUGUAAAAUUCUCCAAACUAAGCUGCACUACUGUUGAGUAUUCAAAACUUUCUUAGAAAAUGCAAACGAAAAAUCUCCCGAAAAGCCUACGAAAAAUCACAAGUUUUCUAAAAAAAUAAAAAAUAAAAAAAUUGCAUGAAGUCUCCAAAAAAUCCCAAAGUGUACUACGUUAUUGAAAAUAUCCCUGGAAAUUAUACGAGUAUUUUAAAAAUUGGCACCCAGUUGAUAAUGCCUCGUUUAAAAUUACUUUGGAUGGUUUUAAAAAAUGUAGUUAAAAGUGGAAAAAUUUAGUUAAAGAUGUGGCAAAAAAUAUUAAAUUUUUAUUUUUUUUUGAAAAUAUUCCCAUCAAUUCCCCGCAUUUGUGUGCUGAAAGUUCGAAAAAAAGGUCAAAUAGUCGCCUAUUUUAAUGUUUUUCAGAAAUACCUAAUAUUAUAUAUACAAAUUUUGAAUUGAAGCUUCAGAGUCAAUCAAAUUUUCGACAAAAAACAAAAAAAUAUUAAUUGCUUCAAGUUGGAAAAGUUGAAUAUUUUUCAAAACUAAAAUUACUUCGAAAAGCAAAGUCUCCACAAAAUUAGAGUCUCCACAAACAGGUUGGAUAUGCCUUUAAAACUUGCUUGCUUGAAAUUGCUUCAAAAACAAAAGUCUCCACAAAAAGUCUACACAAUUUCAAUUUAAAGAAUCAGCUAAAGUUAGACUCUGUUUUCAAAAACAAACAAGCCAGAAAUACGAAAAUGGCAAACUCACCAAAAAAGUCGUCAAAGGUCUUAAAUCUCCACCAAAGUCUACAAUCAUUGUAAAAUGUUCGGAGCCUGAGAAAGCAGACAAAUGCUAAACAAAUUUAAAAGCUUAAUCGUUACGUAGUGGCAACUGCGUAAUCAAUUAAGCGGAAAUUCUUUACAUUUCAUUCAUAUCAGAGAAUAAAUAAAUACAAGUAUGCAAAUCUCCAAUAUCUGGCUAUAAAACUUGUUGAGUACCUUCCCUAUAAAUUUGUGAAUGUGUUUUAUAUGCCUCUUAUAAAGAGUUUGCUGCUAAAGUUUUCAGAACUGAAAUCGGUUAAAAUUAGAGUCUUUUUAAAAAAGUCUACACAUUUUAGAUUUCAAUUUUAGAUUUUUUACAAUUAGUUUCUGGUGUACUAAUCAGUCCUAAAUUUACAAGAAGUUAAAUAUAAAACUCUCCAACAAGUCUCCAAAACUUAAAAUCUUCAUUAAAUUUACUCUUAUUGUUUAACAUUUGAAGAAUCAGUCACAUUCUCCACUUAAAAAGAAAAGACGCGCAAUUAGUCUUCUUCUUAAAGUUUAUACGAAAAAGAUGUGACGAUUUUACAUUAAGCUGUGAAAAAAAACUAUAAACUGUCAGUACGUUUGGUACUCAGCUUGAGUGGGGAGCUUAGAAAAUUUCAUUUAUAUUAUAACCUGGUACACAAAUAUGAAAAAAUUUCAAACAAAAUUUCUUUGCAACCCUGUUGAAAAUGUUAAAACGAAAGAGAGGUCGAACAGAGCUCAACGAAAACAAAAAAAAGGCUUUGAGAAUAGAAGAUCAAUACAAUUCGAAAGUUUGCUAGAAACGUUCUAGCAGCUUUUCAUAAUAUUUAUAUCUCCAAGACUUAAAUUUUCAACAAAAUAUUUAAAUAAUUAAAAAAAAAAUAUCUAAUAGAAACUCCAAAGAAAUUCUGUAAGGUUGUGUAAAAUUUUCGACUGAUUGAAAACUAAAAAAUUUUCAUUAAUGCUCCAAAUUGAUUCCCAAAGAAAGUUUGUAAGGUUUCCUUAAAAUUUUAACUGAUUGAAAACUAAAAAUAUUUCCAUUAACGUUCUGAAUUUAAUGCUCUUAGAACUUGUUCAUAAUAAUAGCUUAAAACGCUUUCUAAAAUUUUCUCAAUUUCCAUAGUAAUGCCUAAAAAUGCAACUCUCCAAAGAUAGUAAUUCUAACAAAAAUCAUUAAAAAUGCUCUACUAACAAAUUUUACAAAUGUUCAGUUAUACCCAAAAUUCAAACUCUCCAAAACCUUUAAAAUGAAUU